AUGAAUACUCCAUCUAGAAAAAGAACUAUUCGUGAUAUUUCAAAUACUCAAUUACCAUUAACUCCUACUAAAACACCUACCAAGGUUAAAAGAAUAAGGCUUGAUGAAUUUCAAGAACGAUCAAAACCAACAUGUGUAAAGAAAUUGGACUUUUCUUCUAUCAAUUCAGUCUCAAAUACCACCACUACCACAACGAUAUAUUCCCGUGCCAAGGCAUUGUUUCAACGUGGUUCUAAUUUCAAUAAAAAUUCAAUGCAUCUACAGUUGACAAGUAGAGAAACAGAAGCCAAGUAUAUUAAUGAUUUUCUUCUGAAUAGUAUCAGAAUGAACACAUCCAACAGUUUAUACAUAUCUGGUCCUCCUGGAACAGGUAAAACAGCACAAGUCCAAUUAUUAUUACAACAAUAUGAAAAAUCUUCCUCGAUACGCGUGGUGAAAAUCAAUUGCAUGACAUUGAAUAAUCCAGAACAAAUAUUUCAUGAAAUUUAUUGUAAAUUGGUUAACAGAUUAUCUGUUUCUUUUCAUAAACGUAAAACUAUGGAUGAUUUUAUUACCUUGUUAAAUGAUGAAGAAAAUCAAGAUUUUUCCAAUGUGAUUGUAUUAUUAGAUGAAUUGGAUUCAUUAAUUACUCGUGAUCAACAACUUUUAUUUCAAUUAUUUAAAAUGGCAAACCUGAAAACCAUUCCACUGACCAAGAUUAAAUUGAUUUUACUUGGUAUUUCAAAUACCUUGGAUUUAAGUAACACUUUUUUGCCAAAAUUAAUUAGAAAUAAUUUACAAUUGGAUAGUAUACAAUUUUUGCCUUAUACAUCUGAUCAAAUUAAAUCAAUUAUAAUGAACCGAUUGUCAAGUUUAGAAGAAGAUGUCUUCCACCCUGGUGCUGUUCAAUUAUGUUGUAAAAAAGCAGCUUCAGUUUCAGGUGAUUUGAGAAAAGCUUUUGAUAUUUGUUAUAAAUCAAUUGAAUUGGUUGAAAGACUUAAUAAAGGAUCUGGGAAUACUGGUAAAGUGAUGAUUCAACAUGUGGCCAAAAUAUGUAUUGGUUCAUUUGGAAAUACUGAAAAUCAAUUGGUUAAUUUGAAUUUAUUACAAAAAGCAAUCUUAUGUCAAUUAUACAAUUGUGAAAGACAAAUCAAGGCUAAGAAUCUUUCCAUGAAUGUAUUUUAUGAUUUUUACAAGAAGCAAUAUGAAAUGAAUAAUCUAAUUGGUCUGCUAAAAUACGGAGAAGUUGUUGAAAUUUUACAUGCAUUAGAAAGUAGUGGUUGUGUUCUCAUUUCUAAUAGUGGUUCAAGUAAAAAUGUCAAAUUAAAUGCAUCUUAUAAUGAUAUAGUAAAAAGUAUUGAAAACAUCGGUAUCUUAAAGAAGGUGUUAAUAAAAAUAGAAUAG